GAAACACAUACAUCCAUAAUCUCCUUUCCGACGACUUUGAAAGAUUCUCGACAUGUUUCCUAGGGUCAUGAAUUAUUUUCGCAGGAUGGAAUUCUUUCACAAAAAUUGGAAGAUCUUUCCCGGGAAAACAGGCAGGCCAAGUACCGGCGCCACGCGUCCUCUAAUGGUAGCUCAUUUGAUAUUCAACGAGUGGAGCAAACAGCCUCAAUUUACAAAGUUCCGAGGCAAUAGAGACUCUAUGACAGUUCCAAAAUCCGGAGAAAGUUCAAGGGCUUAAAGCGGAUACCUCAUUACGAUUGCUGCCCUCCAUAUUUUGUUGAUUUGGCUGUGCAUUUUCCACAUUUUUCUUUCCCCUUCUGUGUUGCAUUUGCAGCGGAUGUUUGCAAUGCAUCCCGGUCAUGGCCUGUCGGCCUCUCCAGAUCCUUGCCAUUGCAUUGCAUGGGAUCUAGAUGUGAGUAGCCACCUCACAUCGAAGCUUUUCGUCAACGUUUCGGGGAUCAUUUGCUUCCCGCGCCUUGAAAGGUAGGCUCAAAAAUUACAGACGCAGCGGCCUUCCUGUUCCACCCAUUGGGGUCAACAUGCAUACCCGUUCGGGAAGGCUUCCUAUAUUCACUCUCAAUGGGACUCAACCCUGACAAUAGUCACACAAGAGGUCAUGGGCCGGCACAACAUCUCCGUUCAACAUUUUGCCAAAACGAGAACGCAAGCCGAUGAGCAGGAAUGGCCUCACGGGCAACAGGCGGCUCCUCGCCACCCCAUUGGUCUUGGGUCACCCAAGCCCAAGUAUCGAGUUUCCCGGUAUGAGAGCCCGCGAAGAAGAACCCUCUCAUAUCCGGUGGACACUCCCAAGGAGGCAGCCAUAAUAUGGCCCGGGAUAGCGAAAGAUAUCGCUGCCAGCAACAAGUGUGCAGGCUGGCUUUCUUUGCAACUGCUCAGGCAGGAAAACCCAUCAGGGCCGGAGAACAUAUCAGCACUCAAGAUUGGACAAAACUGUGGAGAUAUCGAAUGCCCUACAGCUCCGAUAUAUCGGAGUAGAGAUACUUAGAGAUUCUCUCACUUAUAUAGAGCAGAGAGGAUAGUAUUGGACGAUAACUCCAAGUUAAGAACUCAAACUUGGUCGAAGCAUUGGGCAUCAGGAUGCAAAGACACGCCCUUCAACAUUUUAGGCAGAUUGUAUCACCCAUGAAGUGGUACCAAAUUGGCAUUUUUCACUGAUGGUGGAUCAAGAAAAAAGGCCUGAAAAUGGACUCUCUGUGUCUCAGUGGUGGAGAGGACACAGUUCAUCUGUGGCAGCUAGUUAUUUGUGUUCUAUGACAAAUACAUGGGAGGGAAAGGCUCCAGAAUCAAGGGAAUGCCAUUCCCUCAGGAGUCAAAAAUAGGCACCUGAAACUAGUGAAACUUUAUAAGAUUGAUUGGACAACUGGAUUCUUUCCAGAAGGAAUCAACGUUUCGCUCCUCGACC